UUAUUCUUUAUCGGUUGAAUUUCUAUUAAUUUAAUUUCUCCUGUCUAAUUUUUCUUUAUCAAUUGACUUUUACUAGUGAGGUUAUGUACACAGUAUCGUCUGCCUUUUUCACUCGCGCUCUUUGAAUUUCUCUUUCUAAACAUUAAAAAUUGCUUUAAAAUUGCUUUAAAACGUGCUUUUAUUUAUGUAAAAAAUACGUGGGUGAAGACUUUAAAGGAAAAUUAAGAAUAGAGAAGUUGCCAGAAAUUGUCGGCCCUAAUAAAUUAAAAAAAAAAACGUGGUUAGACUAUACAUUAAUCCCUGGAGCUGAUGAUUUUAGUAUCAGUUCCAGAGAAUUAAUUAUAUUGUUAAAAUAUGGCAAUGCGUCAAAUUUUCCCAAAAUUAUGGAAAAAUAUUAGUCCUGUAAUGUAUACAUCAGGUAUGUUAUUUGCACAUUGUACCUCAUUUGGCAAGCCUAAUGAAAAUGAGAAGUUGAAGCUGGACUCUCCAGACAUAAAAAAGCUAACCCAUGAGUAUAUGAUAAAACAAUCUACAUUGGAUGUUGCUAAUAGUGCAACCCAGGCAUUAACUGUCACAUAUAUGGCUAUAAUAGAUCUGAGCGUCGCAUACAGAAUAUUGUUGAACGAACUCAUUUCUCUUCUCGAAGAAACUAUAAUACACAACGUAAAUGAUGCACACUGGGAUCUGAUUGUGGAAGUACGAAAUGAAAUGCAAGACAAGAAAGAAAAGAUUACGCGCUUGGUUAUCUAUAUGGAUUAUGUGCAUAAAAUGGCAGUAGCUAGCGCAGAAUUAAGUUAUAUGUGUGAGAUGGAUAGUUUGACCAGUACACUUCAACAGAGGAUAGAGGAUGCGUUAAGUAAGGUAAAAGCAGAAAUUGACAACAAUAUAGAGUUGGAACGAGCAUACUGGCGUAUACAGGAACAGUGCAUCAAAGGUAGCAAAGAGAAUAUCAAGAAACAAUAAAUUUUUUAGGAGAAAGAGUCCAACAUUCUCUUUCAAAAUAUGUUUUAUUUGUUUUUUAAAAAAAUUAAAAAUAAUUAUGUAUCUAUGUUAAUAAACA